ACUGUUAUUUUAACACUCUAAAAAGGUUAUUUGCAAAAAGAAAACUGAGAGACCACGCACAAGAAAACUGAGGCGUUGCUGUGACAACCAGAGCAACAAGCUUUGUUGACAUUAGCAACCAAAGCCUAGCGCUCGGACCUUCAUGCUAAGGUUAGCUGUUAUGUUAGCUAGCAAGGAGUUUACAACACGUCAAGGUAACUAAUAUAUGCGAUAUAACGUGGUUUAUUUUGUAUAAACAAUGGACUCAAAUUCGUUGUUCUAUUCUUUGGAACUGGUCGCCGGUAGCGGAAAUACUUUAAACGUUGAGCAAAGAACCGCUUUGCAGACUUCCCUGGUCAUCCUGAAGAAAAACUACAAGUUCCAUCGAAUCUUGUUUUGGGGCAAAAUAUUGGGAUUAAAGGAGGAUUACUUCAUCGCUCAGGGGAGAGGAGAAGAUGAGAUGAAGGAUAAAAAGACUCUUUAUAGCUUCAACUGCAUGGACUGGAUGUUGCUCGCCCCCGCCACAGACUCUGUGAUCGAGGAGGUGUCCAAAACUGCAAAGGGUCGCUUCGUAGGAGACCCCUCAUAUGUGUAUGAGCAUGUUGAGAUCCACAGGCCAGGAGGGAGGGAUGAUGCAAUACAGGAGGAGGUGGUGGUGACCAAAGUGAAUGAGGAGAGCAGGCUGGCGGUCACAGUUCACCGGAUCGAUGAGGAAGCGUCUGUGGUUCCGCGUGGCGCUUACCUCAAGAGUCCUCAUGGCCUCGUCCAGACCAACCGCAGCUUUGGUGGUCUUUCUCACUCAGAAGCUGGAAAGCUGGACAACUUUCUCCACUUCAGCAAAGCCAAGAAUCUGAAGAAGAAAUCCAUCCUGGAAAUGGGCGAUUUAAACCCAGCCAUCGACUUCCUGGAUGUACUGAGUGACGACAUUCCUAAAGGGUCGUGGAGUCUCCAGCUGGAAUGUGCCAGCAGAGUGCUGGUGCUGCGCAGCCUGCUGUGGCCCGGCCUGACCUUCUUCCAUCUGCCAACGACCCCGCAGCACGGACACAUCUAUAUCGGUGAUGGCAGGAAGAAUCUGGACCUUCCCUUCAUGCUAUAAAAAGAUCUUACACAUAUUUACAAAUUCUCCACUUCUGUCGUUCACAUUUCUCAAAUUGUAUUUUAAGUUAAUUAUUCCAGGACAUUUUGUUGCUUCUACCUUUAAACAAAUAAACUCAAGAAAGCCCAGUCAUGCAGUUUGUGUCUACAAGCGUUUGGUUCUGUUUAGUUGCUAGCUGUUUCUAUACAGUAAACACAGGUUGAGAGGCCGAGUAAUCACACACAUUUUAUUUGCACAUUUGAGUAUACACAGUGAGAAUACCACCUACUUUGAAGCUGUGACACUGACCCAGUUGUUGCUCACAUAAAGUUGUCAGAGAGUUCACUUCGAGGGCUUUUUAGAAAACCAGCAGAAACAGAAAAGAUGGUUCUGGGUGAGGCUGAGGACACUUCAUUAAAAGAGUGAUGCAGCUUAAUAAACAAAAAGGUAGAAUAAAUACAGAUGGAUGAAGCUUUUAGGCCUUAUUCCCAA